CGACUGCUAAGACGGACCAAGGAUGGCGAAGGCAGUGAUCUCGUCGAUCCUGCAGUCCCAACUCGGCAAGUACGUCGAUGGGCUCGCGCCCGAGUCCCUCCAAGUCGGGCUCUGGAGCGGCGAGCUCCUCUUGACGAACCUCAAGCUCAAGCCGCUCGCGCUCGCGGAGCUCAACCUCCCGAUCAAGGUGCUUCAGGGGACGAUUGCCAAGGUCCACGUCGUCGUGCCAUGGAACCAGCUCGGGUCGGCCAGCGUCCAGAUCACGCUUGAGGGCAUCUACGGCGUCGCGAUCCCCAACACCGAGCUUCCGUCGCCGGAAGAAGUCUUGCUUGGCAUUCGGAACCGCCUCGAGCGCGGAGAGCUCAUGCGGCAACACCAGCUGCAAACGAGUAGCAGCAAUACGUCGUCCGACACCAAGGAGGACGAGAGCACGUUCCUAACGCGUCUCACAACCCGGAUCAUUGACAACCUCCAGAUUACGAUCAAGGAUCUCCAUAUUCGGUACGAGGAUACCGUGUCCAACCCGUCGCUGCCGUUCACGUGCGGCCUCUUUCUCGAGCGCUUCUCGCUCGAGACAACCGACGCGAACGGGCGCAAGAUCUUUGUCGACAAUACAGCUACGGGCGAGAAGAAAGGCUUGACGCACAAGGUCGCGCAGGUGAAGAACUUCGCGCUCUACUGGGACCGGUUCGACCCCGCCGACUCGAUGACGCGCCAGUCGGCCGCGUUCGAAGCCGCCAUGCGCCGGGUCAUCUACGCGACGACUGCCUUUGCCGAGACCGACCGCCACUGGCUGCUCGUACCGCCCUGCACUGUGCGCGUGCGUCUCACGAAGAACGAGAGCCGCGUGUACUCGCAGACGUCGCCCAAGUUUGCCGUACACGCCGAGGCAAUUGGUGUUUCGUUUGGACUGAGCCGAGAGCAGUACGACGACAUGCUGUUUAUGCACAAGGCGUUUCUGAGCCGGCGCGCCGUCGAGGCGCACUUUUGGGAGCACCGCCACCGCCCGUUCUUGCCGUUGCGCCAGUACCCGGUCGUGUGGUGGGACUAUGCGACACGCUUCAUCAUUGCCACGUCGACUGGAAAAGCCGCCUCGCGCUUCCGCUGGUCGGUUGUCAAAAAGAUGGCCCGCGACCGCAAAAUGUACAUUGCACUCUACAAGCAGCAGCAUUUGGCCAAGACACCCGUGCUCUCGCCCGACCAAACGUCGUAUGUGCAAAGCAUGGAGGACGCUUUUCCCAUGGAGCUUGUGCUUCGUCUCCGUGAAGUCGCCGAGGCCCAGUUUGCCGCCCAAAAGAAGGCGGCACCGGCCGCCGCCGCAUCGUCGUCGUCGUCGUGGUACGGCUAUUUUUUCGGGGACGCAAGCGCGUCGACGGCAAGCACCAACGACGUGCUCACCGACGCGGGCAAAGCCGACCUCAUGCGCGCGUAUGAAGAGACCGUGGCGCUGGACGAAGCCGCGCUGCCUGUCGACUGCUUUCUCCUCACGGUCGAAAUCGCGCUGCGCGACGGCCGCGUAGAGCUCUACGGCUACAACAAUACACCGCUACUCUCGUCGGCUCUCACAGGCUCGAUUGGCGUACAAGUCCAGCCCGACCAGUCGUGGGCAUCGCAGGUGCAGCUCGAUCGCCUCGAGAUUGCCAACCACCGCGUCGAUGCCGCGUGUGCAAGUCGGGCGUUCUGCACGCUCCGCCAAGGCAGCAGCGAUGUGCCGUUUGCACUGCGUGUCGCCAUGCCGACGCCGACGACGCUUCAUGUGCGGCUGAGCGCCGAACCGCUCCAAUUUGUGCUGGACCCUGUCUUCCUCUUGCUUUUGUACGAUUUUUUCUGUGGCUCGGUCGCGCAGCGUCAGCUCGACGAUGUCUGGGCGUUUGCAACGAGCUCAGUGCAAGCGUAUGUAUUUGCCGAGCAAGAAGAGGCCGAUAUGCUCGCGGCUCUCUCGGCGGCCGAGACGAUGAAGUACGACGUCAUUGUGGACAUGAAGGCACCCGUGCUGCUGCUCCCAGAAGACGCAACCAGCGACGCGUCGGCCGUCGUCGUGCUCGACUUUGGUCGACUCAAGCUCACGGAUGUCGCACCGUCGUCGUGCCACGUGCACACGUGGCAGGUCGAGCUCAACGAGAUGCAAGUCCUCUUACACGGUGAGAGCGGAUUUGCGCCAAACGACCCCGGCGUUGCUUUGGUGCCGCGCUUCAACAUGGCGUGCCGGGUCGAUAGCAUGGUCCGCGAAAUGGACGGCAAGCCACUCCUGUCGAUGCACGCCUCGUUGCCAGCGAUCAAUGUGGCCAUGUCGGAAGAGUCGCUCGCGCAGCUCGGACGCAUGCACGCGGCAAUCUACCUGCAGUGCCAAGCCACGAUGGCACAAACCCGUCUGCCUAAUGUCGAAGACACCAGCAGCGCAGAUGCUCUCGUGGCUGCCCCCGUGCCGCGCAAAGCGAGCAGCGACAGCCAUGCGAUUGCGCUCACGUGGGACAUUGACGCGAUUGAUAUCGCGCUCGCCGACUCGUUCCGUGUGCUGCUCUCGGGCACGUCGUUUGGUUACGACCUCUACGGAUCGAAGUCGUCGGCCGUCGCCAAGCUGCGGGCGCUCUCGGUUGAAGACAAGGCCCACGCGCCGUCGUCACCGUACUAUUAUCUGGCCAAGACGCCAGAUACGUCGUCGCAUCUGAUCCAAGUGUUACUUCUCUCGAGCCAGAGCCCGGAGCGUGCUGCGGACACGAUCAUCACUGCAGACUUUCAAGUGCUCGACCUGCAGUGGAACCCGUCGUCGAUCGUCGUGCUCAACUCGCUCGUCACCACGUAUACGGCAAGCCUUGUUGUGAUUACGCCGCCGCUGCCGCACACGACUAGUCUCAGCGCGUCGACAAUGUGUGCAUCGAUGGCACGGUCGCGGAUCCCGUCGCUGCUUGUGACGGCGACCCUCGAGCAGUUUAGCGUGUCGCUCAACAAGGACUCGAGUGACCGGCGACUCGUGACGCUCUCGAUGACGAACGCAUCGCUGCACAUGACGACGCAGAGUGACGCGUCGUACACGAUCGACGGCACGCUCGGGAACUUUCUCGUUCAUGACCACAGCGUGCACAAGCAUGCGAUGUACAACCCGUUUGUGGGCCUCGAUCCGGCUGCGACGACGACGCAGCUUCUCUCGUUUGCAUAUGUCGUGCCGCCGGCCCCCGCGCUGCCGACCCUCGACGCGUGCCUCGACCAUGUCCGCAUCGUGUACGUCCACCAACAAGUGCUGGAGCUAGUGGACUACCUCUUCCAAGGCGUCCUCGGGUCCCUCCUAUUGCUCAAGGAAGAGCCGUCGGCGCUGAAGUUGCAUGUGAACCUCGUCGAGCCGCGCAUUGUGAUUCCGAUGCAUCCGAUGGACGAGCAGCAUUUGCUACUCGCUGCGUCGUCGCUCGAGCUCUCGCACAUGCCGACGUCGACGGUCGCGUACGUGGAUGGUCGAGUCGUGGUCGUCCACGACGAGGAAGGGUUGCCAGCAGAUGUCAAACGUGUGGUGUUGGACCAAGUGAUGCUCUUUGCAACGACGGCGUCUGCCGGCGAGUACGCGCCCGUGCUCGAGAUGCCGCUGCAGCUCGAUAUUGCAAUCAAGGACGUCGUGUCGACGACGCUUCUCAUGAGCGAUGGCGUCGUCCUCCCGCGCUUUACGAUCGAGUGCGUCAUGCCACGCCUGCACAUGCGUCUCUCGAAAGCCAUGUAUGUCAUGCUUGUACGCGUGCUCCAAGAGAACAUUGGUGCGGCAACUUUGAUCGAUGGCGCAACAACGGCCUAUGCGUCCAUCUCGGACGUGUACCGUCCCGUCGUCGACUACGACUAUGCACGUACCGACUUGGAGAUGCUGACGAUGCGGCUUUCGUUCUCGAUGACGUCGUUUGCGUGUGCGCUUCAGGACACGGACUUGGUCUUGACCGCGUCCGACCUCGACGUCGGUCUCGUGCUGCUUCAAGAUCAGAGCCCGCGCAUUGAGGUCGGGCUCGCGACCUUUGGCGCAUCCGAGAAGGCGCGCGACUGGUUGUCGUGCGACGGCCAGACGCGCAUGCAGUAUGCGUGGGACGACGCCAAGCGGUCGUGUAGCCUUGAGCUCGACGUAUCAAAUGUUUCGGGCACGGUGGUACCAAGUGCCCUCUUGACGCUGGUUCAAUUUUUCCAUCUGGACGCUGCGAUGCUCCAGUCGAAUGUGAGCAGUCCAGCGCCGACGGUCGACGCCGAGUACGAGUUCCACGUCCAGCUGCGCGCGUCUAAGGUCGGGCUGCACUUUCCGUCCGACUUGAACGAUCAUAGUCGUCCGCUCUUGGCGAUCGAGUCGGACUUUGCAAUUGCCUUCGACUCGUACCCGCCCGACCGCAACGAAGUGACGCCCAUGGCCGUUGUCAUUGAGGCCACGCAGUUUGAGGCGUACCUUCGCAACACCAACCGGCAAGGCUGCGCGACGUCGUUCGUGCAGCUCAUGGAGCCGACAAAUCUCUGCAUGAAGUAUCAGUUCUUCUCGCACGCGCAAGAAAAGAUGGAGGUGUCGAUCAGCACGGUGACGGUCUUUGUGUCGUACGAGGACACACAGCUCUUGUCGACUGUCGUUCGCGCCCUCUCAGCUGAUGUUGCGAUGACGUCGCACGCGUCGUCGCUGCCGUCGAUGGAACUCAACUUUGUCAAGGAAACGCAGCGCCACAUGACGUGGGACGUCCAGAGCAUGCAACUCACGCUCAUCAACGACUGCGACGGCUGCGACAUGGGCCUCCUUCAGCUGCGACUGCCGACGUGCCGCCUCUUUGUGAACGCAGCGACAACGCUCGAGAGCUCGACCGUCACGGGCGGCGGGGACCUCUCGUUCGAAGCCACUUACUACAAUCCGGAUUCGCGCACGUGGCAGCCGCUCUGCGCCGAGUGGAAGCUCAACGCGACCGUCAUGUCGACGCUGGGCCACGUCUCGAGCGACGCAAACCUCAACAGCAUGCAAUGGACCGUCUCAGCCGACCCGCUCAACGUUUCGGUGACGCACGGCUUGCUCGAGGCACUGGCGUCCGCGGGCGAAACGUGGACCAACGGCAAGCAAGAUCGGUCGCUCCAGGCGCCGUGCACUAUCGUCAAUGAGUCGGGGCUCCCGCUGCGCUUUUGGUGGAGUGCCAACGAACACGACGUGCAAGUCGUGGACCACGGCAGUAGUGCCUGCGUUCAUUACGUUCACGUACAAGGCAACGGUUCGGGCGUCACGCGCACGUACACGUCGCAGCAGCGCGAGCAAGGCACCGUGUGCUUGGACCUCGUCGGUCUUGGGUGCCAGCCCGUGCAAGGCAUUGUGGCUGAAGAGCUCGGGAGCCAUGCGCACUCGCUUGUGGAGCUCUCGGGCGGACUUUCCAACUUCAAGGUCACCUGUACAUCGCAGCUCGUGGGUGGUCACAUUGUGCUCACCAUCUCGUCGCACGUGCGCAUUCACAGUCAUGUGUCGGAGAAGGUCCAGCUGCUGGUGUACGACCCGAGCUGGAACGCACCCAUGGACAUUGGCACGGUCGCACCCGGCGACAGCAUUGCGCUGCCCGUCAUGUACUCGCUUGGAUCAGAGAUUCGCUUGCGGUGUCUCGGCAACGACUGGAGCUUCUCCAGUCCGAUUCCGCUCGAUAUGACGAGCGCAAGCCUCACGGUCUCGUGCACGCAUCCAACCCAAGUCGCCUACUUUUGCGUCUCGUUUGAGCAAGGCCACGUGCACUUGUACGACCCGCUCACGCUCGACAACAAGUGCCCGCUGCCCAUUGCGUUUCAAGCGCGGGACGGCAGCCGCGGCGUGGCGCGCGGUGAGACGCUUUCCGUUGGCGCGUCGGCGGGCAUUUGGUGGGCAAUGCACCAGCCACUGUUUGCGCUCGACGUCCCGGGUUGCGAAAUCUCGUCGUGGUUGCCGCUAAAGAAGGACAACCUCAAGCCCUUCUCGCUCGUCGUGCGGCGCCGCGGUGACCGUCGGCCCAUGACGAUCCUUGUCGCGCUGCGCGAAAAUGCCGCCAAAGCGCUUACCAUCUCGCUCUACGCGGACGUGUGGCUCAUCAACCGCACCGGCGUGGACCUUGCGUUCGGCAACGAAGUCGAUGACGAGUGCUACCGCCCAUCGUCCGAGGCCCAGAGCAUCAUUGACGGCGCGCCAAUGACCAUGUACUCGUCGGGCGAGUCGCCAGCGCUGCUGCGCGUGCGCCUCGGCAACGCCAAGUGGAGUGCGUACGUAAAGGCUGACCCGCGCCGCAUGAACUGGCAGGACGAGUGCCUCAGCGUGGCGUCCAACGGCCGCCUCUACGAGCUUGGCGUCUCGGCCGACUAUGCGACGCGGCACUUUGGCGUACUCACGACGAUCGUGACGCUGACGCCGCGCUACCUCUUUGUGAACCGCUCGCCGUGGACCAUAAUCUUGCUUGAAGACGACGGCGCGCUCCCCUCCAACUUGACGCACGUCGACCACAUGGUGCCGCCGGGCGACUCGUAUGCGCUCUACUGGGUGCAGGGCGUGCGCCGCCGUCUGCGUGCGUCGGUCGUCGACUGCCCCGGGCAGUCGAGCUGGUCCGAGCCGUUUGGUAUCAACGAACUGCGCACGAUGGAACUGCUCGUGCCCAACGACGUGAGCUGCCCGAUUCUGCAAGUCGUCGUCAAGCAAGGGGGACUCACGCAGUCGACGUACGUCAUCGACAUGGUCAACUUGGACCUCGAGCCGCUGCCCGAGACGAAGGCGCCGACGUGGGAUCUCGUGACCGUCGACGUCAAGGUGGCGAGUGUGACGAUGACGCUCCUUGACACGUCCAAAGAAGUCGACUUGUUUACAGGUCCAGUUUUGGAAGAAGUCGCGCGGUUCAAGAUUUUCAACAUUCGCAUGGACCUCUUCAAGGACCGCGUGAAUGCCCAGAGCCACUUGCGCAUCGGCUCGAUGGCGUUGCAGGAUCUCUUGCCGCGCACCAAGUACCCUCUUGUCGUGUCACCCUCCAAGUCGUCGUCGUCGUCAUCGCGCGACUUUAUCGUUCUCGCGUACAAGGACAAGGUCCAUCCCAAGUAUCACUAUAUCGAGUCGCUCGAGGUCUACGUGCAAGACGUGUCGCUCCAGACGUCCAUGUCGUUUGUCAACCGCAUCAACGCACUCAUCACCGAGACGCUCGGUCAUUUUACCUCGGCGCGGUCGCUGGACCUCGUUGCGUACUUUGACAAUGACGACCUUGCAUCCCUCACCGGUCGCAAGUGGUUUUUCGAGCGCCUUGCCAUUCGCCCGAUUCACGCCACCGUCUCGUUUGUCAAGGACGCGAGCUCGGGCGACGAAACUAACUUUUGGCUCGCCAACCUCAAGCUCAAGAUCAAGGACGCGUCGCUCGUGCUGGAUGGCUACACGCUCGCCAACGCGCUCGCGACGCAAGAGUCGGUGCUCGAAGCGCUCAGCCGCUUUUACGUCGGGUCGGUCAAGAGCCAAGCGCUUGGGCUUGUCGAGUCGAUCCAAGUCAUUCCGCUCGUCACGGGUGUUGUGACCGAGGGAGUCUCGACGCUGGUCUCGACGCUGUGGGGCAAGGCUGAUAGCGCGCUCGCAUCGUCGUCGUUUCGGCGUGAGUCGCUCUCCAACAGCGCGAUCGUGUCCAAGCACAGCAAGGGCGUCGCGUCAGUUGCGUCGCCGGCACAGCUGCAGAACGUGCUCCACCACCUUGUGUUUGAUUGGGACAGCAAUCAUACGGGGCUAGAAGCGCGCGCGUGCAUGGCGCUCGGCCUCGUCAACAACUCGUCGCAGUCGAUCGUGGUCCAAGCCACGCUGCGCGACGGUGCCGAGCUGCGCUCGCUGCCGAACGGCCGACAGCACCUCGCGCCGGGCAUCGCCGAGUGGCAGCCGGACCGCGCUCUCCUCCUCUUUGCGUGGGGUUAUACGCCGACGCUACUGACGACAGGCGACGUGUCGAUGAACGUCCAGUCGAACGCGUUCACACUCACGCUCUCCAAGUCGUUUACGCGCCUGCAGGCCAACCCUGGCUACACGGCAACGUUUACGCUUCAAGAGUCGCAAACGUGGUGGGCCAAGCACAUGGUCGUCGUCAGCGACGACCUCCCGUCGAUCCAGACGACCGCAGCGUCGGCGGCGCCGGAUGCGCCAAGUGCCUACGAAGUCCUCUUUGAUGGCGAUACGCUCGGUAUUGUCGCCCGCCAAGUCGACCAAACCACGGUCGUGGUGCGCGAGUGCUGCCGCUUCUCCAACGGCCAGCCCAGUCCCGCGCUGGCGUGCGGCCUCAUUACCGAGGGUGACACGAUUCUGUCGGUGAACGGCCUUCCCGUGCGCACGACGAGUGGCUUCAAGGCCGCGAUCGUCAACACACCGCGGCCCAUCGUCGUGCGCUUUGCCCGCAAGCCCGCCGUCGUCGUCGAGGACGAGAACGCGUUCAACCUCUUUGGCUAAGUUCUGAUAUACCAGUACAAAGUGUUCAAAUCCACUGUACAUACCAACCCACACGUCUAUGGAAAUAACAUUUAGUAACGUUCGUUCGUAUAUCAC